UCAGUUACUGUGCUCUGCACUACUGCUGUUCCUCCUCUGCUGUGCCUACGGGUGCGCUGCUGCUGCUGUUGUGAAGCCCCUGCCGGAGAAAGGACAGGGGGCCUGGGACGCGUACACCGUCGCUGUGGAGGAUACGAAGAGUGAGGACGGCUGGGAACCCAUUCGUAUUGGUGUGUAUCCAGGAGGUGUGUCCGUAUGGAUUAAAUCCUGUGCCAACAUGCGUGCACCGACUUUUGGUCGUUCUAUACACUCAUAUUGCUCCGGAGGAUACCGAAUAACACCAGAAAAGGUGCAAAUGCUAAAUGACAUUGUUGCUGAGGGUGCCAAGAUGCACAGUGAUCGUCUCCGCGUAAAACGUGUAAAGGGAAGGUUGUUUUUGGAUAAAAACGGUGGAAAAGACUUUAAAAAGAACUGUCCAAAUGCCGUGGCUCGUCUUGACUAUCUCCAAAAGGGUUUCCCAAAUGUUGAUUUCGCACUGUUUGUGGGUCCUACGGUAACGCGCGAACAUCCCAAGAUUUGCACUAAAGAUGACAAAAAGCGUCCGACAUCUGCCUUGAUAAAGGUCAAUACGAAAGAAUUUAUGCCCACGAGGUAUUACUUUCGUUUGGCUGCACAUGAUAUUGGACAUGGACUGGGCUUUGACCUUGAUGUGUUCAAAGAGCAUUCCUUGAUGAGGGAGAUUCCACUCCACCUCGGCUGGGUUAUCGCGGUUCUGGAGUCGAAUAUUGUGAAGGAAAAGGUGCGAGAGCAUUAUGGGUGUCCAGAUAUCAGUACCAUGGAGUUGGAGGGUCGCGAUAAAGGGCACCUUUUCGAAAACUAUGUAUUUUACCCACACAUUAAGCGACACUUCGCAAAGGAUGAAUUGAUGAGUACAGACCUUGAAAGGCCCUCCGGCAUGUACUACACUAACCUGACACUUGCUGUUUUUGAUUCUAUGCCAUUCUACAAGGCUGAUUUCAGCAGAGCAGAAACGAUGUCAUGGGGCCGGAAAGCCGGUUGUGGAUUCAUUAAAGGGAAGUGCGUGGAAUGGGGUAUUUCCAGAUUUCCCGAUAUGUUCUGCGUCGAUGAAUCUUAUGACCUCCAUUGCACUACUGAUCGCACAGCUCUUGGGAAAUGCUCGUUGCAAUUCCUGCCCUGGGAUUAUGUUCAAAGUGAGUUUAAUUACUUUCCUCGUUAUCCCCGUGGUUCAGCAUACUCGGAUUGGAUGGAUUUCUGCCCCGCCAUUGAACCCACUUUUGAAACAUCCUGUGAAUUUGGUUAUGAAAGAGAAAUGCCUGGCAGUAUUGUGAGCAGUACGUCACGAUGCCUAAAGGUGGAUUUUGUGCGACUGCGUAACAAAGGCGUUAUGAGUAAUGUCAAAGGGAUUUGUGCAGAGGUAAAGUGUGAGAACGGCACCUUGAAGGUGCGGUAUAAGGGUAACAAGAACUGGUACGAGUGCCCCGAAGGGGAUUCCAUUGACAAUAUUAACGGGUCAGUGUUUGAUGAUGGAAGGAUCUUGUGUCCCAAGUACGCCGAUGUCUGCACAAAGUAA